AUGGCCAUCGCCUCUGGCGCUAUCCCAAUCGUGCAGAGUACGCCUGGUCUGGACACGGUCUACUCUCAGCUCCCUGUGGCGUUUGUGCGUGAUUGGAAGCCAGCGUCCAUCUCCGUCAAGAAGCUGCAGCGCUGGCGGGAUCAUCUGGCGCCCCAGUAUGAAGAUCCCGAGCUGGUGGCGAAGGUGAUCGCCAGACUCACAAUGAAGUAUUGGUGGGAGGGGACAGUCAAUCGCACAGUCAGGAUGACGAGCAAGACGAAAACGAAGAAUACUAAAAAGACGACGAAGGCCGCCGCGCAGACAGCAGUGGGCAUCCAAAGGGCUCCCACGCAGGAGGGUGCCGCGCAGACCGCGAUGGGCAUCCAGAGGGCUCCCUUGCAGCAAGAGGUCGCCGCUCAGACAGCAGUGGGCAUCCAGAGGGCUCCCACUCAGAAAGAGGGUGACGAGCGAACAGCAGUGGGCAGCGAGCACAUCCCCACGCAGGAAGAGAGCGCCGCGGAGAUAGAAGCGGGCAUCCAGAGGGCAGCGGGGCAGAAGGCUGGCUCCAGGCGGAGAAAGGGAGGCGGCAAGCAGAGAAGCUCGCAGGAGACAACCAGGCCGCGCACAAAGCAGGCUGGGAGUGCUGCGCAAGCAGCACCGGGCAGCCCGAGGGGCGCGAGGGAGCCGAUCGAGCGAGGCUCCCAACAGCAGAGGAAGCAGGACGGCAAGCAGAGGAGCAAGCAGGAGAUCGCCAGGCAGCGGAAGGAACUGAGGGUCGCGAGAAGGGCAGAGGAAGCGGCUCGCGCACUCGCGCAGGGGACUUCAAGGAGCAGCAGGGGGAGGAUGGGCAAAUGGGCCCAUCAAGGAGGGCUCCCCGCCGCGCCCCUCGGCAGCGGGCCGCCGGGGAGACGGCGCGGAGCAGCCACAGCGCGCCCGCGGCGGGCGCGAGCCUCGGCGGCCGCCCUCGCGCGGGAGCGCCGCGGGGCCUCGGGCGGCUUGGGUCCCUCUACAGGAGGGAGAUUUAAAACUAGUCAACAAAUAGUAUGGGGCCGAUUUUUGGAGCAUUCUCUGACCAUUUGGGAGCGUGUUUUUUUACGAUUUUCCUUGCCUUAG